UAUAUACUGAAAUACAAAUGAAAAAAAACAUGUAAUAUUUUGGCACUUAAUACAGUAGGCUCCGUACGAUGGAGUAAGUACAUUUUACGGAUAACACGUCUAAGAUAGUAAAUUACAAACAGUGGUCCUUUAUAAUCCCUGCACUGCGUGGGUGCGCACGGCAGGCGACUACGUGUGCAGACGCGACGUAUUCCUCCCGUCUGCGGCAGCAGCAGCAGCCCGGCCGCAGCGACGUCAAUGGUUAGAUAGAUAGAGAGGUGGAUAAACCCAGCCGUUAGGCGACCGCGACAUUCGUCUAUCCACACCCAUCAUCCAAACCGUCCCUCGCCGCAGGGGCAUGACCGUCAAUUUCCAUCGCCCCGUUUCCAAUCUGGAUAAGCCUCGAGACCCCGCCCCCGACCCCGCCCCCACCGCCUGCUACCUCCUCCGCGCCGGGUCUCCUCCGCCUCCCUCCUUCUUCCACCUUGGCUUCCAUCUGGGAUUGGGGAUUUAGGAUCCCCUCACGCCUCCGUAUUUAUACUCCGUUUCUCCCCACCCCCCACCGUUCUUAUCCCCAGAAGCUUCUACAAAAGUGGCCCAUCCCGUCGAUCUCGCUCUUCUUCUCCAUUCCCUCCGGACUCUCUCUUCCCCCAUCUUCAUGCGCCAUCCUCGUCUCCUCACCCUCUGCAGAUAUAGGAUCGUACGGGGGAAGCUGUAGGAGGAGGAGUAGUAGUGCUCGGUGGUGAUGCCUUCCCUCUCCUGCCACAACCUGCUCGACCUCGCCAACGCGGCGACCGACGAGCUGCCGCCACUGCCGCCGCCGUCGCCGCUCCGCCUCCCGCGCGUCAUGGCCUCCGGCUCUCCCUCCUCGCCGGCCUCCCCUUCCCCUUCCGCGCCGCCGCGCCGGGUUAUCGUCUCCCACCGCCUCCCGCUCCGCGCCGCGCCCGACGCGGCCGCCCCGUUCGGGUUCUCCUUCACCGUCGAUGCGAGCACCGUCGCGUACCAGCUCCGCUCGGGCCUGCCGCCGUCGGCCCCGGUCCUCCACAUCGGCACGCUCCCGGCGGCCGCCGCCGAGGAUUUCUCCGACGAGCUCGCCGCCUACCUGCUGGCCAACUUCUCCUGCCUGCCCGUCUACCUCCCCGCCGACCUCCACCGCCGCUUCUACCACGGCUUCUGCAAGCACUACAUGUGGCCGCUCCUCCACUACCUUCUCCCGCUGACCCCGUCGACGCUGGGCGGGCUCCCGUUCGACCGCUCGCUCUACCACUCCUUCCUCUCGGCCAAUCGGGCCUUCGCCGACCGCCUCACCGAGGUGCUCAGCCCCGACGACGACUUCGUCUGGAUCCAGGACUACCACCUCUUCGCCCUCCCCACCUUCCUUCGCAAGCGCUUCCCUCGGGCCAAGGUCGGCUUCUUCCUCCACUCGCCGUUCCCCUCCUCCGAGAUCUUCCGCACCAUUCCCGUCCGGGAUGACCUCCUCCGCGCCCUCCUCAACGCCGACCUCGUCGGCUUCCACACUUUCGACUACGCGCGGCACUUCCUCUCCGCGUGCUCCCGGCUGCUCGGCCUGGAUUACCAGUCCAAGCGCGGGUACAUCGGCAUCGAGUACUACGGCCGCACGGUCACGGUAAAGAUACUGCCCGUCGGGAUCGACAUGGGGCAGCUGAGGUCGGUGGUGUCGGCGCCGGAGACAGGGGAGGUGGCGCGGCAGGUGGCCGAGGCGUACAAGGGGCGGCGCCUGAUGCUGGGCGUAGACGAUGUUGAUCUCUUCAAAGGAAUCGGGCUCAAGUUCCUGGGUAUGGAGCAACUGCUGGUGGAGCACCCUGAGCUCCGUGGCCGUGCCGUGCUUGUGCAGAUUGCCAAUCCGGCCCGCAGCGAGGGGCGCGACGUGCAGGAGGUUCAGGACGAGGCAAGGGCAAUUAGCGCCCGGGUCAACGAGCGGUUCGGCUCGCCCGGGUACACCCCAAUCGUGAUGAUCAACCGUCCGGUGUCGGUGCACGAGAAGGCGGCAUACUAUGCCGCUGCCGAGUGCUGCGUGGUGAGCGCCGUCCGGGAUGGGCUCAACCGGAUACCUUACAUCUACACGGUGUGCCGGCAGGAAAGCACCACCCAGGAGGAAGCGCCUAAGCGAAGCGUCAUCGUUCUGUCCGAGUUCGUAGGAUGCUCGCCAUCGCUCAGUGGGGCGAUCCGGGUCAACCCAUGGAGCGUGGAGUCUGUUGCGGAGGCCAUGAACGCGGCAUUGAUGAUGUCUGAGGGGGAGCAGCGGCUGCGGCACGAGAAGCAUUACAAGUAUGUGAGCACCCAUGAUGUCGCCUACUGGGCGCGGUCAUUUGACCAGGAUCUGCAGCGAGCCUGCAAGGAUCAUUUCUCCCGGCGGCACUGGGGUAUCGGUUUCGGGAUGAGCUUCAAGGUGGUGGCACUUGGCCCAAAUUUCAGGCGGCUUUCUGUCGAGCACAUUGUGCCGUCAUUCCGGAAGACGGACAAUCGGCUAAUUCUCCUGGACUAUGAUGGAACCGUGAUGCCAGAGAGUUCAAUUGACAAGGCACCGAGCAACGAGGUCAUUUCUGUCUUGAAUCGUCUGUGUGAGGAUCCAAAGAACAGGGUGUUCAUUGUGAGCGGACGGGGGAAGGAUGAACUGAGCAAGUGGUUUGCGCCAUGUGAGAAGCUGGGGAUUGCUGCGGAGCAUGGUUACUUUACCAGGUGGAGCAAGGAUUCUCCAUGGGAGACCUGCGGGUUGGCAGUAGACUUCGAUUGGAAGAAGACCGCUGAGCCGGUGAUGAGGCUUUACACAGAGUCAACAGAUGGUUCGUAUAUCGAGCAUAAGGAAAGCGCUCUCGUUUGGCAUCACCAUGAGGCGGAUCCGGAUUUCGGUUCAUGCCAGGCAAAAGAACUGCUUGACCAUCUCGAAAGCGUGCUUGCGAAUGAGCCAGUUGUUGUGAAGAGGGGCCAGCACAUCGUGGAAGUUAAUCCUCAGGGCAUCAGCAAGGGCGUGGUUGUGGAGAGCCUCCUGUCAUCCAUGGUGCGCAGCGGGAAGGCGCCUGAUUUCGUGCUCUGUAUUGGGGACGACCGGUCCGACGAGGACAUGUUCGAGAGCAUUGUGUGCCCGACGAACAGCAGCGUUAAGCUCCCGGCGACCAGCGAGGUGUUUGCCUGCACGGUUGGGAAGAAGCCGAGCAUGGCCAAGUACUACCUCGACGACACGGUGGACGUCAUUAAGAUGCUGCAGGGGCUUGCCAAUGCGCCAUUGCAACAGCGGCCAUGGCCGGUGCAGCUCCGGGUCACCUUCGAAGGCUCGCUGUGAGAAAGAAAGGAACGGAUUUCACUGCACAGUAUGAACCGAUGAGGGGUUCAAUAACCAAAAGAAGAACGAUCGACGGUUCAGUAUGGCUUAGGAUUAGCUCCAGUUACAGGAUAAACAGGUUUCUUUCUUUUUUUUGGGUUCACAUUUCCAGCCCUUCUUCUCUUAUGCACUUAUAUCAUAUAUGCCCGUAUGAUAACCGCCAGAAAGGUUUCUGUCACAUUGUAUAUGUAGUUGACGAUGACGAUGAAAUCAGAUGAAGAAAAAUGAUUCUUUGAGCCAUGGUA